AAACUACGUCGCUUGUGCGCAUGCGCGGCAGCUGCACACGUUGUUGUGAAUGUAAAAGUUCGUAGAGACGCAGAUAAUCGUGAUCGAGCAGCUUCUGCACGGUGUUUACAGGGAACACACCCACAGCAUCUCUCCCGCGCGUGUCUGUGGUGACCUGUGUGAACUGUCACUGAAACCAAAGCGACACGUGUUACACGGGAACCGCUGAAGUUUGAAGAAAGCUAACAGGCUAGCUCUUAGCAGCAGCAGCAUGGCAGCGGUGCUGGAGCUGAUCGCCGGGAGCUACGAGCAGGUCGUCUUCGGUUACCGAGUGAAAACUGACGAUGAAGAGUGGACAGCCAAGGCAAACUUCACGCAUCACGCCCACACUGCGUCCAUAUCAGCUGUGGCGGCCAGUGAGAGGUUUGUUGUGACGGGAAGCAAAGAUGAGACCAUUCAGCUGUACGACAUGAAGAAGAAGAUCGAGCAUGGUGCUCUGCUGCAUCAUGACGGCUCCAUCACCUGCCUGGAGUUUUACGGGACGUCUCAUCUGCUGAGUGGGGGAGAGGAUGGACUCCUGUGUGUGUGGGGCACGAAGAAGUGGGAGUGCCUGAAGUCCAUCAACGCUCACAAAGGUCAGGUCACGUCGCUGUCCGUCCAUCCGUCUGGGAAACUUGCACUUUCAGUUGGGACCGAUAAGACGCUCAGAACCUGGAAUCUAAUAAGUGGAAGAUCGGCCUUCAUCAAAAACAUAAAACAGACUGCACACAUUGUCAGAUGGUCUCCAGAUGGGGAUAAAUAUGUGGUGGUGGCAGAUGACAAGGUGAACAUCUACGACCUGGAGACGGCGUCUGUGACAGGAACAAUCACAAACCCCAAAAGAAUCUCGUCUGUUCAGUUCUUAAAUAACUCUCUCCUGGCCAUCGCAGGAGAUGAUGAGAUUGUGAGGUUGUGUGAAAUGGAAAGACAGAAAUGCGUGUGUGAGUUCAAGGCUCAUGAAACCAGGGUGAAAGCAGUCGACAGUUUUAUGAUGGAGGAUUACUGCGUGUUGGUGACGGCUUCCAAUGACGGAUUCAUCAAAAUGUGGAAGCUCCACCUUAAAGAGGAGCUGGAAUCUCCCACCCUCCUAGGGGAAGUAAACACCACAGCCAGACUGACGUGCCUGGCYGUGUGGAAACCUUCAUCAGUGCAGCAGAUCGCUGAGGAACCAGCAGCUGAGGCGACAACAUCUGAAGAACUCGCUCGAGAGCUUUCAAAAACAAAGAGAGUUCGAAUUGUGACAGAAGAAGUCGUUCUAGAAGAUGAGAGCAAACCCAAGAAGAAGAAAAAG